AUGAGUACCGUAGCAGAACGAAUUGCUUCCUUAAAACCAGACGAAAAGUUUGUUUCGUUUGAGUUUUUCCCACCAAAGACAGAUUCUGGGUUCAGAAACUUGUUGGCAAGAUUGAACCGUAUGCUGGCCUUCAACCCUUUGUUCAUCACUGUGACAUGGGGUGCAGGUGGAUCUACAAGUGAAAAAUCUUUAGAUUUAGCAGCCACAUGUCAGAACGAAAUAGGAAUAACCACAGUUUUACAUUUAACUUGUACCAACACCAACAAGGAGGUCAUUGAUCAAGCAUUGUCAAAAGCCAAAGCUGCAGGUGUAAGAAACAUUUUGGCUCUAAGAGGGGAUCCACCACGAACUGAAGAAUACUGGACUCCUAAUUGUGAUUUCAGUGGGGCUGUUGACUUGGUCAAGUAUAUCAGAGAAAAUUACGGCGACUACUUUUGUAUUGGAGUGGCCGCUUAUCCGGAAGGACAUGUGGAUGGGUCUGACAUCUCGAGUCAGAAUCCACAAAAAGACAUCCCAUUUCUAGUAGAAAAGGUCAAAGCAGGGGCAGAUUUCAUAAUCACACAGUUGUUUUUCGAUGUUGAAAAAUUUAUUGCCUUCGAAAAAUUGUUAAAAGAACAUGACGAAUUAAAAGGAAUUCCAUUAAUCCCCGGUUUGAUGCCUAUAACUACAUAUAAGGUUUUUAACAGAGCCGCCAAAUUGUCUCAUGCUUCUAUUCCAAGAGGGAUUUUGAAACAAGUUGACCAAGUUUGUCAUGACGAUAAUGCCGUGAAAGCACUUGGUGUAGAUAUUUUGACUGAGAUAAUUGAUAGGAUAGAUAAACUGACGAAUAUCAGAGGAUAUCAUUUCUACACUUUGAAUUUAGAAAAGGCCGUUGCUUCCAUUUUAGACAAAUCCGACGUCUUGAGACAAGUUUUGGAAGGUCCUUCUUAUGCCGCAAGAUUUGAAGAUGCCGUUGUUUCUGAUUCAGACGAUGAGAAUGAACAAGAAAACCCACCAGAAGGAGAUGUCACAUUGGCCAAGACCAAUAAACCACGCAGAAUCUCUUCAAUAAACGAUAAUGAGCUCACAUCCAACAAGGCUCUAGUUAGCAAGGCAUUGUUAAAUGAUAAAAAAGUCCUUGUUGAUAUUAGUACAGGAAAGGGAGCACUUGGUAAAGAUGCAAUUUGGGAUGAUUUUCCGAAUGGUAGAUUUGGUGACUCAAAUUCCCCUGCAUAUGGUGAAAUUGAUGGGUAUGGUCCUACUUUGAAAAUUCACACUCCGGAAGAAGCUUCAACGAAAUGGGGUACACCCGAAUCAUUAGCUGAUUUGACACGAGUAUUUAUUAACUAUUUAUCAGGAAAAGUAGAUGUUAUCCCAUGGGCUGACUCUUCAUUGUCGCCAGAAACCGCAUUGAUACAAGAGGAGCUAUUUCAAUUGAAUGAAAAAGGGUGGUUCUCUGUUGCAUCACAACCAGCUAUUAAUGGAUGCAAAUCAACUGAUAAUAUUUUUGGUUGGGGACCACGCAAUGGAACCAUAUAUCAAAAAUCAUUUAUUGAGUUAUUUAUGCCCAAGGAGGAUUGGACGAAAUUAUUGUUGAAAAUAGAGUUGGAUAAAACAGUGACCUAUUAUGUAGGAGAUAAAGACGGUGAAAUACGAUCCAAUUUACCAAUAGGACCUAAUGCUAAGUUGUCAAAGAAUGCAGUCACCUGGGGUGUAUUCCCGCUGAAGGAAGUGGUUCAGCCAACAGUAAUUGAUUACGAAUCUUUUAAAGCUUGGAACGAGGAAGCAUUUUUGUUGUGGGUUGAAUGGGCCAGAUGCUAUAAAAAGAAUUCCAAGUCGUUUGAAUUGUUGAAUUCAAUUUAUGAAAAUUAUGUAUUGGUCAGCAUAAUUCAUCAUGAUUUCAUAAACGAAAACGCGUUAUGGCACCUAUUACUUGACGAAUAG